GCAGUUGUUGGAAUACUUCUGUCAAAUAAUUAUUAAAAUUUAUUUUUUAUAGAUUUGUACAUUAAUUCAAUGGGUUCUUCCCAUAGUGCUGAAGUGCCAGGGGGCGGUUCUGAAGGGUACCAUGUAUUGCGGGUGCAGGACGGCUCUCCAGGGCAGAAGGCCAACCUGGAGGCAUUUUUUGACUUCAUAGUGGCCAUAGAAAAUAUUAGAUUGGACCAAGACAAUGACACUUUGAAGGAACUGCUUAACGCAAAUGUUAACAAGACUAUCAAAAUGUUAGUUUAUAGUAGCAAAACGCAGUCGGUGAGAGAAGUGAUGGUGACCCCCAGCAAUAGCUGGGGCGGGCAGGGCUUGCUUGGCGUCAGUAUUAGAUUUUGUUCUUUUGAAGGAGCUAAUGAAAAUGUUUGGCACGUAUUGGUAGUUCAUCCGUCCUCCCCGGCAGAGAUGGCUGGGCUGCGACCAUUCUCAGAUUACAUAAUUGGUGCCGAUUCAAUCAUGCAUGAGAGUGAGGACCUGUUCACUUUGAUCGAAGCUCACGAAGGCAGACCUUUAAAGCUUUAUGUAUAUAAUAUAAAUGAUGAUUCAUGCCGUGAGGUUCACAUUACUCCAAACCACAACUGGGGUGGUGAAGGAAGUCUUGGCUGUGGAAUGGGAUAUGGAUAUCUUCAUAGAAUUCCAAUUAGAAAUUCGAACGCUCCUGCUCCUUCUAAACAAUACAAUGAAGCAUUAUUACCACAAAACCAACAAACGCCUAAUGUGGAGACUCAAUUAACACCUGGUCUUCAAAACUUGACCAUACAAGAUGAUAAGACUUUAAGCUCUCAAUUCAACAGUGCCUCGCAAGUACCUAACACGGGCAGUGGUGAAAACCCACCACCAUUUUUGUCUGGAGUACCAUUGGUAAAUCCUGGCUAUGGCCCUAAUAUAUCACAGAGUCCGGAACAAUCUCAAGUGACUCAGCAGCCCAUGUCACAACCGCAAUCAGUUGUAUCUAACAUGGCUGCAUAUUCCAGCAGCUUAGCUGAAGCAACAUUAACCAAUCUUGGUAGUAUACCGUCAGUAUCUAGUAUGCAACCCCCAGCACCACUUCCGAGUCUACCCGGUUUUCCCAUGAAUCAACCGCAGCCUUAUAUACCGAUGAUGCCUAACUACUCUCAAUCUCAAGCUACGCCAUCUGCACCCCUCAUGCAAAAUACAGCACAUGUAGCAUCUCCCCCUGCUAUCCCUCAAAGUAUGCCUAAUUUAGUACCCACCUUUGAUAUGAGUAGUUUCGCGCCAACGCCAAUACAACCUCCGCCAAUGUCAAGCGGGCCAGUUUCAAGUGGACUGCCGAUAGUGACGCCAGUCUCUUUGCCGGGAAUGCCCUCAAUCACCGUAAGUGCUACUCUCCCUGUUUCCACCAUGCAGGAGAUUCACCACCAACAAGCUCAGCAACAACAGGAUUUAUUAUCGUGAAAUGUGUUUAAUGAUACACAUAAAUGACAUAUUUUAAUUAUGAUAAGCUUAGAUUUGUUUUAUUUGGCAAUGUCCAUGUUAUUUAAAUUUAUGUUCAAAUUAUCUGUCUGUAAGAUGCAUAAGAUGACAGGAGGCAGAUAAAG